GGUCGUCAAAACAGGGAUAAGAAUAAAAUAACAAAAAAAAAAAAACUGACACCGUCAUUCAGUAUCCCAGUCCUUUGGGCUGCAUAUACCGUUGCUAUCGGGAAUAUUGAUAUAAUCCUUCUUCGUUGAGCAUUAAAGUUAAGAGCUUACGAGUAUGUAUUUAGAUACAUUGCUUGCAUUCGGUCGGUAUUUUUAACUUUGGUGUGUUGUUAUUGUGCUUCCGAGUUCCAACAAAAGGACACAAAUUGUCAUCGGUUGAUUUUAAUUCGCUCGGUCUAUGGAUUUUUCGGUGGAAAUAUAUUCAAUACACCAGUUGAAGUUUUACAAAAACGCUUCCGGCCCCUGAUGGCCAUUGAAUUAAUUUGGAGUGGCGCAAGAAUUUAAUCAAAUUCACCAGUACCUAUAUUGUACAUCGGAUCGGUCCAGCGUAGCUCUUGGGAAACACUUGUUGUUUUGUCCUAGUUUUAAAUAUUCCAUAGGGCUCUCGCCGUCAAUCAAAGUGAAAUUGAAUAAAAUUGAUUAAUUUUUUUCCUGUUGCCCAUUUGUACAAGUGAAUAAUGUUAUUGAAUCUUUCUUUAGCUCAAAACAAGUGAAUCCAGCAAUAACAAAUGCGCUUAAUUAAAAUUCAAGAUAAAUAAAUUCAAAAUCAACAACAACAACAAACAGGAUACUUUCUUAAGCAAUUCAUAAAGGACAACGAAAUGUUGAAAUUGUUAAGGAAUAUCUGCAUUUGGAUGUGUUCGACGUCAUGCCUUUUUGGAUAUGUCACUCAUGCCGUACCAAUGGAGUAUUUUGAUGACCAUGAAUUCUCAUACGACAUGGAUACAGCACAAUCGGAAGUCAAAUACGAUCCUAGACUUCUUUCGCAACAAUUGAAAAAUCAACAUAAUCACCCCCAAGAGCGGGCAGCGCCAUGUUAUUCGGCCACCAACAAAUACACCCACGGCCAAAGGGUCGCACGAGAGGAUCCUUGUGAAGUAUGUUUAUGUGUGGAUGGUGAAAUUUUCUGCUGGUGGAAAAAAUGCGGUAAUCUUAAAAGAAGAAAAUUCAAAUUGGAAAAAAGUGCCAAACUUGGAAAACCCAAAAAGACCAAAACAAUGGCAAGAAUACACAAAGACCACCACCAACAACAACAACAGCAGCAGCAACUUCACUUGAAACAAAAGCAAAAACUCGAUUACAAACUCAGGCAGCAAGAGCAACACAACAACAACAACAACAACCACCACCAACAACUUCAGCAUCCGGCAAUAAGAAAUAAAAUCCUCACCUUCCCGGAGAAUCUGCCUUCGGUAUUGUACUACGAUUAUAAGACCGAAGAUCAACAUCAGCACGAAGUCCACCAUGGAACUCAUCACAUGAAACUACCAACAUCGUCCUUGCUACCGACGACGACGACGAUGAGGGUUGGGGUGGGUGAUGUUGCCCACACCUCUGCUAAUGGAUUUGGUGUGGCCAAAAGCAAUAGUAGGAAUGAAAAUGAUGGUGAAGACGAAGCCGACACUGACGCUGACGACGACGACGAUGCUGAUGAUGAUGCAUCAUUAUCAGCAGUUGGAGUGGCAGAACCUAUAACAACUGAAAUGAAAUUCGCAGCAAAAAGUCAUUCAACAGCACCAGCGGGGGCGGCGGUGGGGCUAGAGACGAGCAGCAAAAAAAAUUCAAUACAACAGACAACGGCCAGGAUUUCAACUACAAUAACAACAACAAAAACAAAAACAACGCUGGAUGCAACAACGGAACCAUUUUUCAACGAACACCCAAAGGAGGACCAAUCAAAUACCGAAAUUCAAUAUAUUAGUGGCCAUCCUGCAGGCAUGUUAAACAUGGUCGACACAAGGCAUCCAACACAACUUGUCCACCACAACCGCACAACAACAAUAGCAGCACAGUUCCAAGAAGUCGACGACCAUGAUGGUAUCCUUCGUGAUGGCCCCAAUGAUGAUAGCAGCCACACUAUCUUCCCGUCAUCUUUCAAUUCGGAGAGCAGCAUCAGCAUUAAGCAGCAGAACAACGAACAGCAAAAAGGCGUUGGGGCAACAUCUUUUCGCAGCUCAUUUAACGACUUUAGUUCGGAGUUCAAUGCCAGCGCUGCAAUGGACCUGGCUCUAAUCAUCAGCCAUCACAGUGCACACAAUGCUCCAAUUAUCCUGGAAGCUGACUCAAUUGCGAAUGCAUCGUCGUCCUCCUCCUCCUCCUCGUCGUUGUUGUCGUUGUCGUCGGUGCCGAAACACGAGGAGGGCGGUCUCCAAAGCACAACAAACGCAAACAAUUCGGUCUUGAACAUAACAGUGGCACCCAGCACGACUGUCAAUCCAGCACAGGAGUGCAUUGUCAUGGGUGCAUCCUACAAGAUUGGUGCCAUUCUACCGCAGGAUACCGGAAAUUGCCUUCAGUGUGUUUGCAUAGAAGGUACCACCACAGACGAUACACCUCGUGUUACGUGCAGUCCGCAUAAUUGCCCACCCUUAGUCCUUCCUGAUUUAUUUGACGCAACAGGAUAUUAAGAUAUGUGGUGAAAAAAUCGUGCAAUACCCGUAUUUCUUAUUGAACAAGGAAUUUAAUAGCCAUAACGAUGAUGAAAACUUAAAACAAUUCAAUCAUAUUCCCAACCAUAAAGCUGAAAUUUCAAAUAAAAAGUAAAUGUAGGUUAUUU